UUUGCUAGAAAAGCAGGGAGAGGCUGCUUUGCCAUUUCCUUAGCUUCUCUGUGUGAUCCCUCGUGCUGGUUUGUUUUGCUGUAUCCUCACUGAGAGAAAAAAAAAUUGCCAUAAGGAUAUUGUUCCUGUGCAUGCGUUUAAAGGAAGUUGCAGCUGCUUCCAGCUACAAUCUCAUUCUCUCUCUCUCUCUCUCUUUCACUCACACACACACACACACACACACACACACACACACACACACACACACAUGGACACACACACACGCACUCACACAUGCACGCUCUGAAUGCUCUGUUUUGGAAGGCUGUGUCAGACUGCCUUUUACCCGCAGUGGGUAUGUCAUUACCAGCUGAAGAGGAGUCAGAUACCAGUAAAGAUGACCCAUGGCCAGAGCUGGAGAAAGCAGAGAAGCUAGCCAGGGGGGCUGCACUGAAAUGGGCUUCUGGGGUAUUUUACCGCCCUGAUCAACUGCAGAGACUUGGGCAUUACUGCAAGAGGGAGACCCAAAGAAUGGCAUCUAUUGAGUCUCGUCUAAAGUCUGUUGUUCAUUCCUACUUGGAAGGAGUGGGACUAGGUCUAGGGCAGCUGUGCUCUGCCCUUGAGGAUGUCAGAACGGUGUGCCACACAAUGAAAGAGGUACGCCAGGAUUGGCAGAAUACCACUGCUGGAUUCAAGAAUUUGGAGCGGUUCCGGGAAUUAGUCUCUGAGCACAUGCGACUAACAACAGUCAUGCAUCACCUGCCACAAGUGAUUCUGGUUCCACAGGUGGUGGAGGAGACCCAACAGCUUAUUGAAAGCAGGCAACUUCUGGAGGCCCAUUCAAAACUGAUGCAGCUGGAAUGCUGGCGAGAUAAUACCCUGUACCAGAUGCAUCACUCUGGAGGACUGGACCCAGAGAGCAAGGAAGUGAUCAUGUGCCACUUCAGCAGAGUUGAGCAACUCAGUGAUGCCCUAGCUAAAGAGAUCUGGGACAUUGUAGGACAUGCACUAAAUUUUGUCAAACAAGAUCCAGCAGUUUUUGUUACAGCUGUUCGUAUCAUUGAGCGAGAAGAAAAGACUGACCACCUAAUCCAGGAUGAUCAGAACCAACACCAGUUGUUAUUGCCAGGGAGGCCUAAAAACUGGAGACAGAAAUUCUUUAAGGUCAUUGAAGAAAUAAUUUCAGUGCAAUUUCAUGUGACAUAUCUGGACAUUAAAGGCCUUGGACUUGCAAACCACCUGGAAUCACUGCAGAACCAUAUUAUGAACAAUCUAACAAUUGUUAAGCACCUUAUGGUACAGUGCUGCCCUCCUGAGUAUGAUAUCUUCAGCACAUUUGUGCUGUUGCACCAGAAGUAUCUUUCCCGUCAUCUACAAGACAUUGUGAGUUGGGACCUUAGCAAAAAUGAGGUUUUCACCAUUCUUAACUGGACACUCAAUGUCUACCACAGUCCAGAGAUGCUGGGUCAUCCAGAUCUGUUCCCAGAGGUAGAUGCCAUGAACCUUGAACCUCUUCUUUCAAAAGAAGUGCUACAAAAGUUGGAAAACAAGUAUGUCAGCGAGGUCAGGGCUAGCAUGUCAGAGUGGAUGCAGAAAGCUUUAGAGGCAGAAGUCAAUGACUGGUUCAGAGACCAAGAACCAGAUGAAGAUCAUGAAGGUUACUACCAGUCCAGUCUUCCAGUCAUAAUCAUGCAGAUCUUGUCAGAGAAUAUUCACUUGGCAUCUAUGAUUUGCAGUUCUCUCACAGAGCAGCUACUGGUUAUGGCCCUUAAUGAACUGGAAAUAUUUCUCAGGCGGUAA